AUGACGUCCUUCUUUAGCUACGUUUUGGGAGGUGUGUUUGGCUCGGGCUCGGGCGAGCCACUUGUGGUGCCAAGCAUUGAGCUGGCUGCCGCCAGUGCCGGCGCCACUGCGCAAUCCGACCAUGGCCCUGACUCUCCCAGCGAGCUACCCAUUGACCCAGCAGCGCUGCACGACGUUGCCGCCGUCGAGGCGCACAACAACAAGCACCAGUCGCGCGGCCACCUUGACUUGCCUGAGCGCCAGGCAAUCAAUGUCGCGCUUGAAAACUGCUCGAUGCCGGCGCAGCAGACACCCGAGCAGCUCGCCGAGCUCUACACCUGGCUGUCGCCCAACGCGCGCGAGUUUGUCACCAAGCUGGCCGGCCACGAGAGGCUCGCCUCGGUGCCUCGCGUGUGGGUGAGCGACCAGAGCGGCCACAUGUGGACCAACAACCUCCAGAUCGAAAAGGCGGUCGGGCCUGCUUGCGGCGGUGCCAAUCAAGGGGCGGCCAAGUUUGUGUCGCUCGACAAGCUGGCCGACCGCGUGGCCGUUUUGUUUGAAGGCGCUGUCAGUGGUGCUGCUGCUUAUGCCGACCAGGCCCAUCUCCCGCCCGCGCAUCUGGUGUUGUCUGUCCACGUCUCGCUGCCGCCGCCUGGGCGGCCCGCCUCAGAGGCCAACGCCAUGAUCUACUUUAAGGCGCUCACCUUCCGCUCGGACGCGAUCGUCGCCCAGGCACACUAG